AUGGCCGAGGCGAUUGCGUUCGCCAUGGUCUGCGCAUUCACGUACGCGCUGGUGUCGCUGCUGGCGCGGUGCGAGAAGAGACCAAAACAUUGUUAUUCGGAGGCAUGCAAGGAGCUCGUGCGCUACAAUUGCGAGGAGGACAUGUACAACCCGGUGGCGUCCCUGCUCCUCACGACCUCCGAGGGCGCGGUGAAGCAGCUGUUCUCGCAGAGGAACUCGGAGUACAUCCACGCCAGGAACGAGCUGCUAUGCUUCGUGGCCUACACGAUCAUCAACAUCUCCCUGGCGGGCGUCCCCGUUCCAUCAGGCAAUUUCACCGGCGCCAUGCUGAUCGGGGGGCUGCUGGGCCGCUUCUGGGGCGCGACCGUGAGGGAGCACCUCGCCUGGGAGGAGGAAGACUACGCGCUGUCCGGCGUUUACGCGAUGGUCGGCAGCGCGGCCAUGCUGAGCGGCUUCAAGCAGAUGGCUGUGGCGGUGAUCGUGUUCAUCAGCGGGUGCGCCAACGACCCGAGCCUCGUGCCGCCCUUGAUGGUGAGCGUGACGGUGGCGCUGCUCAUCAACCAAAUGAUCAACACGAAGAGUUUCGACGAGGAGCAGAUUCUCUCGAAGGGCAUUCCUUUCCUACCAGCCGAACUGCCAGCUCUCCUGGAGGACGAGGACAUGCACAUCCAGGCCCUGGACCUCUGCACGCACCCCCUCGGCUUCGAGCUGCCCGGGCCGGCGCGGCUGCCCCCGGAGGCGUCCGUGCGCGUGGUGGAGGAGGCCCUCGCCUGCGAGGUGGACGACUUCCCAGUCAUCGGCCCGGGCGACCGCUGCAUCGGCUUCGCCACGCGCGCGCGCCUGGAGGCCGCGAUGGCCUCGCACCUGCAGGACACGCAGGUUACGCAAUCCGUCAGGCCGCAGAGGUUCUCCGCCGGCCACGACGGUUUCGGCGGGGAGAGAGCCUGGCUCUCCCUCGGGGACGCACGGCUCGACGGGCCCUCGGCGCAGGCGUAA